UCAAAUCGCGCACCGCGCGGGCGAGGUCGUCAUUGGAGGAUUCCCUAGUUCCCAAAGCCAGCAUGCUAGAUUGGGCAAAGAUGCGUACGAAUCACCCUAGUCAGAGCUCUGGCAAUGGGUGAUGUAUAUAUUCCAAGCGAUGGAAUGCGGCAGUGGGCUUUUGUGUAUUGGCAACCAUCGGCCUCGACCUAGAACCAUCCAUUCCAAGAGUAAUAUCUUUGGGAUCUAUCCUACGAGGUCUUCCUGUUCACACCACUACAGCGACACAGAAAGCCUAAUACGAGCAAAUUGCUAAUAAAUAUGGCCGAUCUCCAGAGGCCCCAAGAUCCCGCCUCGUCUUCCACGAGUGUCGACACGAUCGGGUCCCGAAUCGAGUCGGACGUCGACCUGGAAAAGGCAGAGACCAUUCACCCAAUCCCCACCUCUGGGACCGGGGCAGCAGCUACACGAUCGCAAACCGUUGGCAGGACGCGAUCUGUGGCUACUGAUGGGUACUCGGUGUACGACGUCGACGAAGAUGAAAGCGAGGAGGCAUCCGUCGCGCGCACCAAGACCAGCCCCUACGAAGUUCGCUGGGAGGGACCAGGCGACGAGGGGAAUCCUCGCAAUUUCAACAUCGCCCGAAAAUGGGUCAUUGUCCUCAUCACUUCGAUCGCGUCCUUUUGCGUCACAUUUACCUCGUCCGUCUACACCACCACUUACGAACAGCUCAUGAAGGACUUCCACUGCUCCAGAGAGAUCGCCACCCUCGGUCUUUCAAUGUUUGUCUUGGGCCUAGCAUUCGGCCCGAUGCUUCUGGGCCCGCUGUCCGAGUUCUAUGGUCGAAGACCCAUCUACAUCGCGUCCAUGUUCUUCUUCCUGAUCUGGCUGAUCCCCUGCGCGGUCGCCCAGAACAUCCAGACCAUGAUCGUCUGCCGAUUCUUCGAUGGCUUCGCGGGGAGCGCGUUCCUCGCCGUGGCGGCGGGCACCGUGGCAGAUCUGUUUGAGCCCAAGGACCUCGAGUUCCCCAUGAUGAUCUUCACCGCCUCGCCCUUUAUGGGUCCUGCGGUUGGGCCGGUCAUUGGCGGCUUGAUCAACCAGUUCACCUCAUGGCGAUGGACUUUCUACACGCUCCUCAUCUGGACCGGCGUCCUGCUGGUGCUUGUCAUCUUCUUCGUGCCCGAGACGUACCACAAAGUCCUCCUCAAGCGCCGCGCCCAGCAGAAGCGCAAGGCGACGGGGGAGAGUCAGUGGUACGCGCCCAUUGAGCAACUCGACCGCAGCAUCCUCGGGACCGUCGUCCACUCGUGCUCCGUGCCGUUCGAGCUCUUGUUCUUCGAGCCCAUGUGCCUCCUGCUGUGCCUCUACUCGGCCAUCCUGCUGGGCAUCGUCUACCUGUUCUUCGGCGCCUUCCCGCUCGUCUUCGGCACCAACCACGGCUUCUCGCUGUACCAGGUCGGCUUGACCUUCAUCGGGCUCCUCGUCGGCAUUGCCAUCGGCGUGCUGACGGACCCGUUCUGGCACAAGAAUUACGUCAAGAUGGUGCGCAAGCUCGAGGAGCAGACGGGGCAGGUCGGCAUCAAGCCCGAGCCCGAGUAUCGCUUGCCGCCCGCCAUGUUUGGAGGCAUCCUUGUCCCCGUCGGCCUGUUCUGGUUCGGCUGGACGACGUACUCGAGCGUCCACUGGAUCGUGCCCAUCAUCGGCAGUGCUGUCUUCGGCAUUGGCUUGUUCCUUGCCUUUACCGGCAUCUUGACCUUCCUUGUCGACGCAUACCCCAGCUACGCCGCCAGCGCAGUCGCAGCCAACUGCCUGGUCCGGCUCUUGUUUGCCGGGGCAUUCCCUCUCUUCGGGACUCAAAUGUACGAAAAUCUUGACUACCAAUGGGCCUCUUCCCUGCUGGGCUUCCUCGCCCUGGCCUGUGUCCCCAUGCCGUAAGUGUCCCUGACAUGUCGCCCCCCUUCUUUAUACAUCGGGCUCCUUGUUUCUGAAUACACUGGGACUGACGGUCGUCGAUUACAGGUUCUUCUUCUACAGAUACGGCAAGAAGAUCCGCUCGAGGAGCCGGUUCAACAACGCUGCGUAGAUCGAUAUCGCAUACAUUUUCACUUGAUUCUCGUCCUGCAGCGUUGAGAGCGGGGGCUAAGGAGGUUGGAACAUGGGUUUCUUGGGGUCAUGUUAUACGCACAGCAUAGCGAGGCGUUUUGUCGUCGAGGGGUUUUUCGUUCAUGUCGACAAUGCUUUGUUCAAGAUACAAGAAACCUCCUUUUACGAGCCUUGGAGCUCGCAUUUUGAUACCAGGGGGCCACCAAACGUGCUCGCCCCCGCGGUGGAUAACCAGAAUAUAAUAACCCUCUAGACCUUCAGA